AUGAAUAACAAAACAUUGGAACCGUUUGAAAUCGAAAAAGAACUUGAAAUAUUCGCGCAUAAUAUGAAUAGCGUUCUUCUCAAUUUCUUUCUAAUUGCGUUAACAAUUAUGAUCUGCGGUUACAUUUCGAUUUGUUGGAGAACAUAUCGAUUGCGAAUAAUUUUUAUUCGUCAACUUUUAAAAAGAGAUGCGGCAUUUUUUGAUAAAACUUCUUCUGGGCAUCUGUCUACAAUUUUGAACGAUAAUAUAGAAAGAAUUCGCGAGAGUUUCAAUGAGAAAAUCGAAUUCAUUAUUCAGUUAGGUGCUGAAAUUACUUUGGGAUUUGUGUUGGCUUUCGUAACUGAUUGGAAGCUUUCAUCAUAUGUUGUUCUAUUUGCACUUGGAAUUGCAGGUUCUGGAUUUAUCAAUUCAGCGAGUUUAAUGAAAAAUACAGAAAAACAAAACAAACAUUAUUCGAAUGCUGGUGCUAUAGCUCUUCAAGCGCUAAGCUCAUUUAAAACUGUUAUCUCACUAAAUGGACAAAAUUUGGAAGCAGAAAAAUACGAAACUGAAUUAAAAUUAGGUGAAAAACAAGGAAUUCGUCGCGCAUUUUAUUAUGGAAUGUCUCGAUGCGUACAUUAUGUUUUUGUUAAUCUUCUCAAUGCGGUUACACUAUAUAUUGGGGCCAAUUUAAUUUACGAUAAUUUGAUGACUGUCAAUUCGAUAUGCACUACAUUUUUUUAUCUUCUUUUUGGAGCUUUUUCAUUAAGUGAAAUUUUUCCAUAUUGCUCUAUGUUGGCCAAUUCGAUGGCUUCUGCGAGACCAAUUGUUGACAUCCUUAACAAUGAUGAUGACGAGAUUGAGGAAAAACAACGUAGAGAACAGUUAAAAGAUUUAAACGGUCAAAUUUCUUUUCAAAACGUUCAUUUCACAUAUCCAUCUAGACCAGGAAUUGAUGUUUUAAAGGGAAUUUCGUUUGACGUUCAAGAAGGAGAAUGUAUUGCUAUCGUUGGAGCAAGUGGAAGCGGUAAAAGUACUAUCGUUCAGCUUCUUCUUCAUUUUUAUGAGAUAAACUCGGGCCGAAUUCUGAUCGAUAACAAAGAUCUGAUGGAAAUUGAUAUAAAAAGUCUUCGAAACGCUAUUGGUGUUGUGUCUCAGGAGCCAGUUCUUUUCAAUGUAACUGUUGAAGAGAACAUACGUUUUGCAAAUUCGGCAGCAACUUCGGCCCAAAUUUGGGAUGCAUUAAAAAAAGCAAAUGCGGAUGAUUUCGUUUCAAAGCUACCUAAAGGGCUGAAAACAGUUGUUGGCGAAAGAGGAUCUCAAUUAUCGGGAGGCCAAAAGCAGAGAAUUGCUAUUGCUCGUACUCUAAUCCGAAACCCUAAAAUUUUACUACUUGACGAAGCUACAAGCGCAUUGGAUAAUGAAAGCGAAGCUACAGUGCAAAAAGCGCUUGAAAACGCUUCUCUCGGAAGAACAACAAUUGUAAUUGCUCAUAGGCUGUCAACAAUACGACAUGCAUCAAAAAUUAUUGUGAUGAAAAACGGAGAAAUUGUGGAAAUUGGGACUCAUGAAGAACUUCUAGAGCAAAAAAGCGUCUAUAGUGACUUAGUCCAAUCACAAUUAUUCGAACCCGAGCAUGAAGAUGAUCUCAGAACAGUACAACUCGGAUCAAUAUCAGAAGAAACUUCUCGACAAUACUUGAUGCAAAGAAGUGUAAGCAAUGAACCACAACCUGUGAGAAACAAUGAAUUAGAACGACUAAUUGAAGAACUCAGCGAAGAAGGAGCUGAAAAAUCAAGUUUUUGGGAGAUUUUAAAAUGUUGCAAGGUUGAUUCUUGCGUCAUAUGUCUAGCAGUAUUAGCGUGUAUUAUUCAAGGUGCAAAUUAUCCCUUGCUUUCUCUGUUGUGUUCUAAAACAUACGAGGCAUACGCAAUGAAAGGCGAGGAUAUUUUAACAUAUGGCCAUUUUUGGUCUCUUAUGUUUAUAAGUUUGGCUUUUAUUCGCGGAAUUACCAUUUUCACUCAGUAUUUCUUGUUUGGUUAUGUUUCGGAGAGGUUAUCAACUCGGCUGCGCAUCAAAUCCUUCAAACAUCUUCUCGCGAUUCCAUGUUCUUUUUAUGAUGACGUCCAUCAUUCUCCAACAAGACUUAGUAUUCGAUUGAAUACUGACGCUUCAAAUGUUAAAGCAACAAUUGAAUUCCGAAUCGGAAAUGUUAUAACAACAUUUGUUUCCAUAGUAAUUGCAUGGGCCAUGUCAUUUACUUACAGCUGGCAAUUGACAAUUCAAAUAAUUCUACUUUAUCCCAUUUUAUUUUUGGGUGAGUAUUUUUUAACCAAAGGUACUGAAACGACUGUGCAUGAAGAUACUAUUGCAUUUGAGCAUAGUAAUAAGAUUGCAACUGAAGCUCUGGAUAAUUUCCGAACAGUACGAGCUCUUAACAUUGAGAACAAAAUGGUAUCUAUGAUAGAAGAGUGCUUAAAAACGCUACUUAGCAAAAACUUAAUCAGAUCUGUUAAGCAGGGAAUAUCGUGGGGAUUUGCAAACUGUGCAUGGAUUUUAGUCGAAGCGAUCAGCUUUAAGUUUGGCGUAUAUUUAGUGUUACAAUAUAAAAUAAUGCCAAUGGAUGUUUAUAAAGUUGUUAUGUUUAUGACUCUCACUGCGAAUACUGCUGGCGACGCUGCAGCAUAUUUUCCGGAUUACAAAAAAGCUGUAUACGCUGGUGGCUUAAUUUUCAAAUUACUAACAUUUCCUGCGACCCAAACAUUGGACAAUGAAGAUGGAAAGAAAAAUAUUUCCAGCGGAGAAAUUUGCGCAAAAAAUGUUCAUUUUCAUUACGCCCAACAACCGAACAAUAUGGUUCUAAAUGGAAUAAACUUUUCUUUGGGGAAAGAGAAGAUGUUGGCAAUUGUUGGUCCAAGCGGUUGUGGGAAGUCAACAAUAAUCGCAUUAUUAGAGCGUUUUUAUAGUGCUACCGAGGGAGAAAUGAUCGUUGACAAAGAAAAUGUUCAGGAUAUUAAUCUGGAAUAUUUAAGAUCGAAUGUUGCUCUAGUCUCGCAAGAGCCCGUUCUUUUCAAUACAACAAUUCGUGAAAAUCUUGUUUAUGGAUUGAAGAGAUUUGUGGAUCAAAAUGAAAUUGAUGAAGCCUUGAAGCAAGGAAAUGCUUAUAAAUUCGUUUACGAAUUUCCAGCGGGACUCGAAACCAUCGUUGGCGAAAGAGGAGCCCAACUGUCCGGUGGACAAAAACAACGAAUCGCAAUAUGCCGAGCAAUUUUAAGAAAACCUAAAGUUUUAUUGCUUGAUGAAGCCACUAGUGCUUUGGAUAACGACAGUGAGAAGGUCGUACAAAAUGCAUUAGAUGCCGCAUGUAAGCAUAUUUCAACCGUUGUAGUUGCUCAUCGAUUAUCAACGGUGUACAAGGCUGAUUCAAUUGUCGUUAUCGACAAAGGAAAAGUCGCCGAACAAGGAACACAUGAAGAACUACUCCAGAUGCAAGGAAUUUAUUGGCGACUUGCACAGAAGCAGGGCAAACGUGGCAUUGCCACCACUAAUACCGUCGAUAAAAAUCUUAUGUCUUCCAUUUCUUCAGUAUAA